AUGUGGUUCACUGUUCAUGUAAGAGAAUUCGUCAAGGUAGACGGGAGGAGGGAUGUCAUGUUUGUCGCACCAUGGAAUACGACCGGCUUCCAUAGCGACACCAAGCCUUUUGAGUGGCAGGUGUAUAGUGUAGCUAUCAAUCAGAUCCACGUCGUCGAGAUGCCUACCUAUCCUCUCCAACUCACCUGUCUGGGGGUCAUCUACGGCACACCCCUCCUGGCAUCGAUAUUCGUCAUCCUGAGGAUAUAUACGCGGCGGAAACUGAACCUACGGUUGAGCUGGGAUGACUGGCUCAUCAUACUUCCGUUGCUGCUAUCAAUAGCCCUCAUAGGGCCGUCACAUCGACAUGUUAAGAUGUGGCACGUGGGUGUACAUAUCUGGCAGGUACCAGUCGAUGAGAUAGAACCAAACUACGACGAGUAUUAUGCUGUUGUCAUGGCAUUCAAUCUCUUGAACAUCCCUAUACUACCGCUAGUCAAAGCAUCCAUCAUACUUCUCCUCCUUCGCGCUGGUUCAGUCAUCGAAUGGCUCAAACGGGUACUCUACGCCAUCUUGAUCUUCACCGUUGGCAGUGCCCUGAUACCAUGGUUCCUCUACAUAUUCAUUUGUCCCCCUUUAACAGGCAAUACCUGGAAACCAAGAACUUUCGGAGGGUUGCACUGCAUGGGCAGACACAAAAUGGGCGAGAUGUUAAUCUGGGUCACUUGCGCAAAUCUGCUCACCGAUGUUCUUAUCCUUCCGAUACCUUUCAUCAUCGUACGAAGGAUGAUGAGCGCUCGACUAAGAUCCCGCCUGGUCGUACUGGUAGUCUUUACCUGCAGUCUUGCUGUUACUGCAAUCGGUGCUGCAAAAAUCUACCUUUCGUACCGCGACCGACUUUACACAUUGUUCAACCCUGACUGGACAUAUCCAAUCGACUACUGUAUCAACCACAUCGAGAACAACGUAGCCAUCAUCGUAGCCAACAUACCAAUUCUCCGCGGUCUCGUUACACGAUGGAUCUUCAACUUCCGAACCAAAGCGACGCCCAUGGAACGCGAGUUUCGUGGUGAUUGGCAACAUUCGAACAGAUCAAGCUCUUCAGAUAUCAGCCGUUACACAAGAAAGAAUCGUGUGGUACAGAAGAUUCUCCCCUGUAUACAGGACGACUUCUCAAGUAGCCUGGCUACGCGGUCAAAGGGCGACGUCAGCAUUCGAGGAGAAUGUCGACAAGACUUCCCGCCUCGAGUCGUCACCACAGGCGAAUUACGGCAUCAGAAACGAAGUUACUUUCCAAGAUCGCGAAGAAAUAGCUUGGAUCGGUAUGAGACGGCCGAUUCCUGCGAGAAGGGUGACCUGUUAGAGACGGUUCGGAGUGUGGGUAGUUUGGGGUCCGCGCCGACGCUCGUUGAAAGCAAAGAUAUGGGUGCUGGGUGGAAGAGUAUGGAUAGUCCGACGCUGAGUCCGACAACCCCAACAAUAAGGUUUUCAAACUCGACGCUCAGCCCAAUUGCGCCGUUGACGCCCGCAAGGCUACGAGGUAUCGAGGAUGGUGAAGAUGAUGAUGAGAUAUACCCAUACCCAAGGUUAUAG